GUCUCGGAUAUUUAUAUUGUCUAGCAAACCCUCGCCAACAACCAUUCAAUAUGAGCACAAACGAACCGUCAAACAUCCAGGCUUCCAGCGCCCCGACGCUGCCGCCCAACGUCAAAAUAUUCUCUCCGGCGCAACCAAGCACGGCAACGGCGUUGCUCAAUGGCCGCAUCUUCACACGACUCACGGCCAACACCCAGACCGAGCCGUCAAAGCUCGCGGCGGCGCUGAGAGACGCGGCCCGUCCCGAGGUCAACGACACGUUUUGCUUCAGCCACCGCAAUGUCGUGCUGAUCUUCGACGGGGAGAAGGACGGCGCCGACGUGACGGAUGCCCAUCAUGAGCAUUUCCGCCUCGUCUGCCUGGCGCUGAAGGACGCCGACAUCAGCCUCGACGUCGCCGGUUGCAUAUUCGAUACCUCCGACGUCCUGCAGGCAGGCUUCCAACUGGACACCCUGAGCUCGGGGUCAGUUCUUGUCAUCGACCUCAUGGAUGAAGACGACGACGACGAUGACUCCGACGAGGAAGGUGAUGAGGCGGCCGCCGAGAAGCUCCUGAUGAGCGGAGACUCAGGGGCCACAAUGUCGUGAGAAUACCAGCUACACGCUGAGGCUUUUUUGGGAAUCAUCUAAUACGGCCCGCGACGGCCAUCCUACGCACCGAGCCCGCUGGAGGAUCAGUAAAAGCCGAAGCCAGGACUCCAACCGUCGACCGUCACUAGGCGCAUUUCCGGUCAAAGAUUCAUUGAUGUUACGCCAGGAUUGCGUGGUGAAGGAAGUUCGUUUCAAAGCAAGUUGGAAUCACGAAACACAAGAUGAUGGAUGGGGUGGUGCCCGAUACAGCGUGCCGCCAAUUCAGAAAACUGUCGGAAUGCGCUGGACCGAAUUUGUCAGCUAUCAAAGACCGAGAGAUCGGUCAGAGUGGCCUUGGGAUCUCCCCUCUUCUUCUUGAGGGCUGGAUCGCCUUCCCGAGUGGCCGCAGCCUCAAAGAAGGUUACAGUUGGCGAGGGAAAUCACUACUCAGUUUGCGGGGGAGCUCCUUGCUCAAUGCCAUGCGGACGCUCCGCGUGGGGCUGUUCAUGGGGUAGUACACUGUACAGAUAUCUUCCGCAAUUUAGCUCCCGGUUGCAUAGAGGCACUUUCUUGAGCGUCGGCCCGUUAGUCUGGGGACCAUCAAGUUCAAGCGCAUUCUCUUGAGCGGCGGGCUCCCCAGGCUCCCGGAUGCAAAAAGUCACAAACACGCGGAGCUUUUCCCCAUACCCUCCCAGCCGAUGGCUCGCCCCAAAAUGACAAAUCUCUUCGCAACUUUGUACACCGAGAUACGUAGUAGCCAAGGCGGUCCCUAUUGAGGUUGCACAAUCAGAAAAAUAAAAACACCACG